AAAAUGAUUUAUUAUAAUGCUUAAAAUUUUAUAUAUAUAUAUAUAUAGCUCUACUUUUUCUUCUUUUUCUCUCCUCUGCUUAGCCUCAUUCUUCCAUUGUGUGUGUGUGUGUGAAAGAGCAAAUGUUAUUCUAUCAUUGCUGGACAUAAUCCCAUGCAGUAUUUACCAGAACUGCAGCUAGCUAUAUUAUGUUACCCAGUGUGUGUUGAGUCAAGAAUUGAUGAAUAGAAGUCAAUUUCCAAAAAAAAAAAAAUGGUUUAAAAUAGUUGUGUGUGGGGUUUCUUGGGCAUUGAAUGAAAUGGGAAUUGCUGCUGAUAAAAGAGGAUUUUCAAUAAUUCCUCUUCUUGUGCUAUCUUUUGUUGCAAUCUUGUGCCAAAAAUCAUUAGCCAUUUCCACUUUCAACCAUACAAAUUACAAACAAAUUAGCAGCUUGAGACAAGCCAGAAUUCAGAGGCAUUUAGACAAGAUCAACAAGCCUCCUGUCCUCACCAUUGAGAGCCCGGAUGGAGACAUCAUAGAUUGUGUACAUAAAAGAAGACAGCCAGCUCUAGACCAUCCUCUUUUGAAGCAUCAUAAAAUCCAGAGGGUGGCAUCAAAAAUGCCGAAAGGAGUGAAAAUGGAUGAUAAAUCAAAUAGGAGCAGAAGCGUAGAUGGAUUUAGAGGGGUGUGGCAAAUGUGGCAUCAAAAGGGGCAGUUGUGCCCAAAGGGGACUGUUCCGAUUAGGCGUAGCGCAAUGCAAGAUGUGAUGAGGGCUAAAUCUUUGUAUGAUUUCGGCAAGAAAUCGCCCCAAUUCUUGCCUCUCGCCUCCACCGCCGCCGCGCCGGAUAUUGCUGGCAGUGGGCAUGAGCACGCGAUCGCAUAUACGACGUCGUCGGACGAGAUAUACGGGGCAAAAGCGACAAUUAACGUGUGGGAUCCAGCGGUAGAACAUUCGAACGAGUUCAGCCUAGCUCAGAUUUGGGUUCUUUCAGGCUCCUUUGAUGGCUCAGACCUCAAUAGCAUUGAAGCCGGCUGGCAGGUUAGUCCGGAGCUGUACGGAGACAGUAGACCAAGAUUAUUCACUUAUUGGACGAGUGAUGUAUAUGAAGCAACAGGAUGUUAUAAUCUUUUAUGCUCGGGAUUCAUCCAAACAAACAGUCGAAUAGCCAUUGGAGCUGCCAUUUCUCCCGUGUCUUCCGUCGCUGGAGAUCAAUACGACAUCACCAUCCUCAUUUGGAAGGAUCCAAAAUUGGGAAAUUGGUGGCUGGGCUUCGGCGACAGCACAUUGGUGGGCUAUUGGCCCGCAGAGCUGUUCACCCACUUAUCGGAUCGGGCUUCGAUGGUGGAAUGGGGAGGCGAGAUCGUCAAUUCUCGGGCCGGGAACCAACACACUUCCACUCAAAUGGGCUCGGGCCGAUUCGCGCAAGAGGGAUUUGCAAAAGCCAGUUAUUUCAGAAACUUAGAAAUUGUUGAUUCCGACAACAGCUUAAUCUCGGCCCGAGACAUCACAACCUUAGCUGAGAAUAGUAAUUGUUAUAAUAUUCAAAGUUCUUACAAUGACCAAUGGGGCACGAAUUUUUACUAUGGUGGGCCCGGAAGAAAUACAUUGUGUCCAUAAUUCUAGAAAAUUUCUCGGCAAAAAAAAUGAAAAGAAAAUAGUCCUAAUGAAACUUUCUUAGAUGAAUAUAUUUAUUAUGUUUGUUUCAAAAGAAUGUAGAUUGCCAUCA